CGUUGGCCCAACCUUGAAGCCUCAAUUGCGUGCGUUGUCGGUGCAAAUAAUCCAAAAGGUCCCGAAUUCCCACGCUCCUGAGAAAGAUUCACGGUACAAUAUAUCUGACCACACCUCUUGUUGUCUUCUUUCGCCCGACACCGACUCAACACACUGAACUCUCCUCUCUUUUAUAUCCCACUUCCUCUCUCUCCCUCUCAUUCUCUUCGAUGGCACAGUCCGAAUUGCAGGACAAGCAGACGAAUGCACCGGAAUCCGGUCAGAAGUAUGACUUCGUGGGGGAGGAAAUGGAGAGGCAUAGGAAGAGGAGGAAGAGGAGGAAGCGAGAUUGUGUAACCGUCGAAUUUGUUGAAAAAAAGAAGAAAGAAGAAGAAGGGGUUCUGCGAAGGGACCCAUUGGAGGUUUUCGGUACGGACAUAAUGUUGAUGAUACUGAGUAACCUCGACGCACGCAGCGUGGCACUGUCUCUCGUCGUCUCCCGUGGCUGGCACGGGGUCGCCUCCAGUGAUCGCAUCUGGGCCCCAAGUGCGUUGUUGAUCUCAAACAGCAAGCUGGUGGGAUGGUGCUGGACAUGGGCAGGUCAAGCCUGCUUAUCCUAACUGAACUUUUGGGCAGUCUGGUUGUAGGCUCUUAUGGCCUGGGCAGGGAGUAAUCAGGGAAGUUCAAGUACUAGAGGAAGACCAAAAGAGUUAGUUCUGGGGUGUGUGGAAAGGUUGCGACUGCAAUUGAUUGAAAAUGUUGACUUAGAGGAUAAACGACCGUUGGAGAAACUGUGGCUUGGGAAAGCACACAUACCUCGCCUGAUGCAAAUCCGGGGAUUGUCCAAACUGGUGGCUUAUUCAUUAGCUGUCACGGAUGGCAAGCGUAACCGUAUCAUGAAGGAUGAUUUGUGUGAUCAUGCUUGGGAGUUCCAUUUUAAUAAGGGGGCUCCAGAAUAUUGGAGAAAUCUUGAUCCUUAUUGGAAGGGUACAGGCCCACCCAUGCGCCGCUACUUCCAUCCAGACGGGAGCCAAAGUGCAGAUCCAGAUGACAAAGUAUGGGGCGGUCAUGAAUGCUGUUACUUGACUGUCACUAGCAUUGUUGGCGAAGGCAAAAUCAGGGAGCACUAUGUGAGGAUAAACCGAUGGCCGCGAAUGUCCGUGUCUAGGAAGCAUGACUGGAGCUGGGAAUUGUCAAACCACCUGUAUUCCUACUCCAGCAUCCCCGAUGCUAACAAGGAAGGUGGGACUGGGCCACAAUAUGGAGUUAUGUAACUUCUUCUUCUAUUUUUUUCAACACUUGUAAAUAAAGCUUUAGGGUUUUCCAGAUAUAUCAGUGUUGUGUUACAUGGUCCGAGUUAUGGACAUAUUGAGUAUAUGUAGUGUGUUUGUACAGAUCGAAUAAGCUAUUAGCCUAUUACAUGGUAAAUGUGUCUUGCUUGGUUUUCC